GAAAAGCCCGGUCGCUUGUUUGCACUAGCCGAUGUGCUGUCUGUGUGUGUGACCGUGUUUGAGUACCAUGGAUUGGCCAGUGACUCCGUGUCUUCCCGUAACAGCCGCAACUUCGGUACACUCACACCCGCGGAGACCAAGCAGCUGAUAGAAGAACGCUACAGCAGUAUGUCACAACACGGCGCACGAAAACAAUUGCAAGCGAGGAGAGCAAUGGCCGACGAGAAGAUGUCUAUGGUACGGCACGUGAUGAACAUGUCACACAUUGCUAUAUAA